GCCGCGCUGUGGGGGCCGUUCCCGUGACGGGCGCUGAGGCGGCUUCCGGCGCGCGGGCACCGCCUCGCCCCCGGCUGCGGCCUCGUCCUCUGGGGAGCGCAUAUUGACAGGUGGAAGUUUUCUCGGAUUUUUGACCUUGAACUACUUAAAUUAUACCUAACUAAAGAUGCAUCCAGACUUGUCUCCUCAUCUGCACACUGAAGAAUGUAACCUAGUUAUCAGUCUGCUCAAGAAGUGUCACAAAGAGCACAACAUCUUGAAAUUUUUUGGGCAUUGCAAUGACAUUGACCGUGAGAUGCGGAAGUGCUUAAGGAAAGAGUAUGAAGAAAACAGGGCCAGGAACAAGGCACAUACUGCAGAGAUGCGACGGAGGCUAAUUAAUGCUCAGGAACACUCUGAGAAGUGAGCUGUACUGUAGUUGGGCAGCUGCAUAUUAAUAGGGACACUUGGUUGAAAGCUGGCAAUGUUACUUUCAGAUCACCACUGUUCGACCUGUGAUUUGUGAAGUUAUGACACAAUAAACACACCUAAAAUAUACUCAUUCCCAGAAAGGCAAUCUAAAUGUGGGAGGAGGGGAAAAAAAAAGAUUACUCACAACUUAAUUUUUGACUUCUAAAAGAAAAUUAUUGUGGCAACUCUUUGUUCUGGUAUAGUUUUGUUAUGACUGUUAAGUAAUGCUGAAUCAAUGUGUGUGGAGUAUUAUGUAUUCAAGGCUGUUAUAUUCCCUACUUGUGUAGAGCUGCAUUUGUUUCUUCAUGUUUAGUAGUUUCUCUUUUAUUUCUUGCAUUUUUUUCCUUGCAAAACAUUGAAUCACUCUUCCUUCACUCUUUAUAGUGUUGUGAUAACACAGCCUAAAUGAAUUAUCAAAAAAAUUUUAAACAAAAGUGGUCUUAAACUGGAAAUUGCCUACGAAGCAAUAAAUGGAGCUCUAGUACUUUUGUUUGAGCCCAAAAGUUGAAAUGACAGUCUUGCAUUGGAAAGAUUAAAAAUCUGUGCCAACCGUAAAUACCGCCUAGACUGUUGUAAAAUGAUUUGUUCUUCCUACCCAAAGCACAUCUCUUUAGAAAUUCAGAAUGGAACUUCUUCAGGAAUUUACAAAGCAUUGCCUUGAUUUAUAUUGAGUAGAAUCGAAGUGUGCUGAAUGGUAUUGAAGAAGAGUGCUGCCAAAAUAUAAGCUCAAUUGUUCUUCCACAUAAUCUGGUACAAAGGUGAAAUCAACCUAUGACUAUUACUGUUGAAAAACAACUUACGUUACAGUGAAAGAAAGGAUAAUUUGCCCUUUAGUUAGAUGAGUCAACCAAUAUUGUGCUAACUAAGCUGCCUUGUUAGCCUGUGUUCAUUGCCUUCAUGUUCGUUUGCUGUUCAUUUGCUAUCAAACUGCAGAAAGUCCUGAACAGUCUGUGAAUGCAGCAGAACUGAUAUUGGAACACUGUUGGUUUAUGCCCUAAUGGAGCUGCUUCUUUGAGUGUCUAAAUGGAUUCACCUUAGGCAUUGAAAUUACUUCUCUAUUUUGCCUAGCAACAAAAGUCGAUAUAAAAUAAAAUCCAUUUUAUUUAGCCAGUUGUACAAAACGUCUAAAUGCAAUGUCUUUUUCAAACUUUUUGAGGAGAGGGUGCCUUAUUCUACAGUGAAUUCUAUAGUUCAUUGUAAGAACCAUUGUUGGCACUCAGUCUUCGAAUUAAUUCAUGUACCUAUUUUUGGAGCAAAGUGAUAUUUUAUGAUCUAUUUUGAAGAGAUUGUUUAGAUAAAAGAAUAAUUUUACUUAUUUUUCAAUACUUGAGUUGACCUAGUUAAGUUUAUGAAGCUUGACCGCAAAGGUUUUUCAUGUAAAAAGUGAAAGUGAGAGUUCCAAGAAAAACUGAAAGAACCGCUGCUUGUUUUGACAUGUUCUCUGAUUUCUCAGAAUAAGUAAAUGAUAUAUCAUUGAAUUAAAUACUUGAGUGGUUGGAAAUUCUGCAGUCCUUUUUAUUGGUACUCUGGAAUAAGUUCAAAGAGUGUUUUUUAAUAAAAAUCCCCAAAUGGGAAACUCUGCAUUAUUGAUCCUCCAUUUGUGAUGAUGACAAAAUCUAUGUAAGGCAAACUCUUAAACAGAAUUUGAUAUCACUUAUAAAUUUGAGAAUUUCCUAGAGAUUAGGUUGAAAAGCUGAUAACUUAGUUCAAAAGCACUAGAGCUAUUCUUUUUCAUCAGCUUCUGUGAGUCUGGUUCUUUCACUAAAGUGGUAACAAAGUAAGAAUCCCAAAACUAUUCUGCGUAGCUUAUUAAUCAGAAUUUUAUUUCCAAAGACCAGUUUAUUUAAAAAAUGAAAGCCAAAGUGUCAUGCACAAGUUAUAUUGAUACUUUGAACUACAUUUAAUCAUAUCUAUUUUACAAAACUUGUUUAUGUAGUGAAAGUAUGACCACAUUGAUCAGUCUUUCUCUUUGCUAAUUACUCACUAGUAGUGUGAUAGCAGAUAGAUUUCUGUGUUUUUUUUUUUUUUUUUUUUUUUUUUUUUUUUUUUUUGAGGGGUUAUGUUGUUAAUUUGAUCUUAAAGCUGAGAAAGGCUGGUGUACUUAGAGUUCAUCUGACAGAAAAAAGGUUAAGGGUGAAACAUUAGAUGAGUUUGUUGUUACUUGCUUCUUGAAGUGAGCUGAGUGGUGACUAGGGGACAUGGUGGAUGAAAUAAACUGUAGACUUUGGAACCAGUUUAUCAAUGUCAUUUGUGUAUGGAAGUGUUUUCUCCUCCUUGUUCUUUCUGAAAGAGUAAGUUUGAGAGAGGAGAAAAAUUUGAUGGAACUCUCUGUUGCUUCAUGUCUAAGAAGCUUUUAGGCUCUUCGUGUGGAAAAGAGAAGGGAGGAAAUAUCACCAGAAAGAGAAAAUAGCAACUGUAAUACAGACCUGGCCGUAGCAAUGAGGUUUUCCACAUUCAUGUACAAUACAAGUCUAUAGGAUCCAAAGACAGGAAAACAGAGUGAGGGAAUGAUAAUUCUACCCAGCAAAAUUCCUGCUGUCAGCAGUGUAACUCUUUGCUUCCCUAUUUCUGACACUUACUUCCCACUCCUCCAGAAAUGAAGCUAGUGUAAAGCCAUAAAAAAGAGGAUAUUAGUAAUGUGAUAAGGGAUUUUGAGUGGACUAAUUUGUUGUAGUGUCUGUUUUCCUCAAACUAUGUGGGCUUCAGUGCUUUAUUAAAAACGAGAUUUGAAAUCCACUGACAUUUUUAGUAUACUCUUCCCAGGAAAUCAAGUACUGAUGUCAUGUUUUUCUUUUGGUAGGAGGAAAGAUACUCUGCUGAGCAGCAAGAUAAUGUGCAUGCUUCAGGGCUAGCUUUUGCUCUGCCUGCAAAGUCACUAUACUGGUGCUCAGCUCUACUAGGAAUAGUUUGAAACAGUUGUCUGUCAGGGAGAAUAAUGUGAGAUAUAUUCCAGUCAGUGCUCUCUAGCUAGCUUGCAAUAAAUUAACUCUGGACACUCUUAAUCUGCAGUGAGUCCUCUGGCCCAGCAUAGCUUGCUUUUGCCUUACAUGCAUAGCACCAGAGAGUAAGCUCUGCAGGUGCUUGCGGGCUCCAUGCUGAUGGAAAGGUAAGGAUUUAGUACAUCACAGUCUAGUCUUUAUCCAAGUUAACUUUCAUCGAACAACUAUAAUGCUGACUUUCACAUACUUUUUACACCAUUUUACAGCUCAUCUCAUUCAUGGCCUGCAUCUCUUACCUAGUUUUCAGAUUUUUAGGUUUUUGCAUCAAGGGCCCAAACUAUAGCACUAGCUGAGGGUUAAUGUAUCGUGGAUAUACUGCUUGUCUUUUCCUUGUUUCAUUCUUGUUAAUAGCAUGCUCAAGUAAUUAUGGCAUGGCCAUUUGUUGCAGAUGGGUAGCAGAGUGUGAAGACUAUGUGUAGUCCCUAGAUCUUGUAGCAAAAUCUAGAUUCACUUGAGCUGAUCAUUUGUACGCUUCAGGUAAGGACUGUCAUCUUGUGCGUGAUAUACCUAUAUGCUUUUUCUCACCUGAUUCCCAUAUGAUAUACUGGCUAUUCAUGGAGUUGGGAUAAUUGCACACAACCACAAUGAUGAGUUGAUAGUGAAUUUUGUAGGAAUCUAUAACUUCCUGAAAAUCAGGCUGUGCUCAAAAAAAUAAGAAACAUAGUCUUGGUUGGUUCACACCACAGGAGGGAUUAACAUGGAUAACUAUUACUAAAGUAUGCAGAUGAAAAGUUAGAAAUUAUGCAUACUGUAAUUGUGAAUCAUUGCAAUGAAUAUUUCUGAUGUGCUGUAUACUUUGCUAAAGCUUUAUACCACAUGAAUAAAGUGGCAUUUCUUAAUGUUA